GAACCGAGUUGCAACGUCCACAAUCAGAGUGUUCGCCGGAAAGACUGCUCUAGUUCGUCAGCAUGGACAGAAUAACAGAACAGCGCGGAAUUCGACUUUUAUGUUGCGCAAAACAGUAGGGAGCCGCACAAGAAUCUGCAAAAUCGAAUUGCAAAUCAACUGAAUAGGGAAAAACAGUGAUGCAUUCCCGUUCAAGCAGGACCCAUGCAGCAUUUUGACUCAUUUUAAAUGACUUAUGUUUUUCUUGUAUCGAUAAACUAGCAGGUAGUACGGAAGAUUGCUUAUUUCACCAUCAUCUCUGCUCGUCCUUUCCUACCCCUACGCGCGUUUCUAUCUUACCUGAGCUAGUACUGCAAAAAUGAAGUUUAUGAUUCACGAUGCGUGGGAAAACGUGCUCUUCGUGCAUUGGAAGUUACCCCUCGGCUCGCCGGAACAUGACAUUCUUCGAAAGCAUUGCCCUUUCCAUCUGGACGAAGACCCGAAGGAUCGAUGCGUCUGGCUAGGCCUAGUUUUCCUCACCGAGCGGAAUGUGGGCCCCGGCUUCCUGCGCGGGGGCUGCAGGUGGCUGCGGGACACGCUACAUUUGCCGGCGCUCAUCACUCACCACGGUGUCAACGUGCGGACCUACGUCGAAAACGAUGGCAUUUACUUUUUCUCUCUCGAAUGUGACAGCUUUCUCGCGAGUCAGGGUGCCAAUAUUUUCGGGAUUCCGUACCGCAUGGCGAAAAUACGACGAGAUUUUGUUUUGGAAAAGGCAGCACAUCAAGGAGCGGUGGAAAAAACAAAAAGUGAUAGUCCAGGGUCAAUAGAGGACGAACAAGUUGACCCCGAUCCGCAGCUCAUACAGAAGCUUGGUAGACAACAAGGUUCUCGCAUGCGGCUGCAAAGUGUUCGUCUCGAGGGAACGACUCGACCAAAAGACGGGCCGACACACACGACCGUCCUGCUGCCACCUAGUGGCGAUAACGAGCAUCGCGCGCUUUCGACGGCGAAUUCGAACGCCCAAUAUCAGGAUCCAGAAGGACGCUUUGAUUUCCAAUGCGGAUGGACAGUCGGCAGGACAAUGCCCGAUGACAGUUCUGAAAAAACUAAAGAUGCAGGAGACUGGAUGCGACAGGCAAAGCACUUGGUGGAGCGGUACAGGGUUUACAGCGACGGCGCGGUCGUCGGUGGCCGUUUGUCUGGCAGAGUUCAGCACGACCCCUGGCCGCUCGCGCGCGCCGACUUGGACUAUCUUCAAUUGGCUAUUGACGAGAGCAAGCACGGAGCUACUCAAACAGAUGAGAGAUCGAGUCGAACCGAAAUAGCGCAACUGGUGCACAGACUCGUUUCAACGAGACCGCCGGAUCACGUCUGCUUCUCAAGUGGCGUGGGGCCGGUUGCAUUCGAUUUUCUACAACCUACUGACGCAUCAUCUCGGCCGAAAGAAAACAAAUGACACGAAGAACCGGAUUGAGUAAAGAGCGCUUGAGUCAAUGUAUUUUAACUGUUUUAUUUUCAGGCUUUCCGUUUCGGCUUACCUGUGUGCAGCGUGUGAAAAAUAGCUCGCCCCCGCUUCGGAAUCAG